AUGGGAUAUACACCACUGGCGCUAGAUUCUUCGACUGACAAGUCCAAGAUCAACUUGAAAGCAUGCCUUAGUAUUGUUUUCACUGCAAUAUCCUUGAUUCUAGGGUUUAUUUUCCAUCGACAAUGGGACAGAGACAUCUCUCAGUCUCCCAUAGACCUCCCACCACGGCUCUACACCUUCACAGAACACCCAAACUUGCGCGAAUUCGACGAGGAGACUCUUAGGAUAUGGCAGACUCUGGUGCCACAGAAUUGGUGGGAGACAAGCAUGGCCGAAUGGCAGAAUGAAGCUGGCCAAGAGGUCACCAGGGCGAUAGACAUGGUGCACAUGAUACACUGCUUGACGAAUAUUCGCGAAAUCUUCACCGAACUUACCACCAACCAAUCGUUCCAUGACGACUACAAUGCCGAAGUCCCUGAGUCCAUCGUCCGUCGUUAUCACCUUGGCCACUGUUUUGACACCAUUCGUCAGGACAUAAUAUGUGCUGCGGACGCCACUUUGGAGCCUUUGGGUGGAGACUACAUAGACCCCAGCGGCUUUGGAGUCGAACAUAUAUGUCGAGACUGGCGGGUCAUUUGGAAACUGGCUGGGCUCCAGGAGAUUUGA